UCUAGCUGAAUCCGGAUGCCUACCAUUUCGGCUCUUACUCAUCCAAAGACUAGCUCAACUAGGAGCUCGAAUCGCGGAGAAAAACAUGGAACGAUGUCAGACACUAAUUGAACGAUCCAGUAAUCUAUUCGAAUCAACUACCAACACUGCCAUUCCUAACGUUUGCCCACUCUCAAGAUUGACAGACCGUCCAUGGAAUAACCGUCCACCUAAAAUUGAUAACACACUUAAAAAGAACAUUAAAGCAGGCAGUAACCAGCGAGUCGUACUUCCGAAGUUUCACGAAUUUAUCGCCAGUAAAUACCCCUCUUAUAAACAAGUUUAUACCGACGGUUCUAAGAAAAACGACCAAACUGGAGCUGGAGUCUAUAUUCCACCUAGGAAAAUCAGCCAAAACUUACCUCCUGAAUGCAGCAUUUUUUCCGCAGAAGCAUUCGCGCUAAAUAUUGCUGCUCAAGAAAUCGACAGAGACGAACCAACACUGAUUUUAACAGAUUCGGCUAGCUGUUUAGAUGCGCUCUCCAAAGGCAAUUCGCGGCAUCCAUGGAUUCAAUCCUUAGAGAACCAUAUACGCGAACGCAACAUCACACUUGCUUGGAUACCAGGGCAUGCCGGAAUACCCGGUAACGAGGAGGCAGAUAAAUGUGCGAAUUCCGCUCGCACCAGUACACCACCAGCAAGUCCUAGAAUUCCAGGUCAAGACGCUAUACGCAACAUUAAAACCAGCAUGUGGUGGACAUGGGAACGUAGAUGGCGCCUGAAUCAAUCAUUUCUUAGGCAACAUAAAUACACACCUUCAAAAUACAAAGACCGGAAAUGUCCCUCUGAUCAACGUGCUCUGACAAGAUUGCGUAUUGGACACACAAAACUGACACAUGCUCAUCUGUUUGAAAAAACUUCUCCACCGAUAUGCCAGUUUUGCGGCGUUCAAACUACUGUUCAGCACAUUCUGAUUGACUGUCAAGGAUACAAAGAAGCUCGCGAAGAAUUCAACAUUAACGGAUCUGUUUUCCAAAUUCUGAAAAACGAAGAAUCACACGAAAAACCGCUUAUCGAAUUUUAAAAAAAAUGUAAAAUUUAUAAAUUACUGUAAAUCUUCAACAAGACACGAAUGCCACAAAGAUGGUAAAGUGUCAUUAAUAAAACCUUAAAAAAAAAAAGAACUUCAUUCCU